AUGACGAGGGUGUCAGUAAAUUCCUGGUCCCCAUCCCGUUCACUCUUAGUUGGUAAUGCUCACCCAACACCCUACUUAAACUCGAACACCAAGGCUAUUCUCCUCCACUUCCAAUCCCACCACCAUGUCGCCGCCACCAACCGCCACCAUCUUCUACUCCUCUCCUUCACCACCACCACCAAUGCACACAACAUCACUCGCAUCCUCGCCAAAUACCCUCAAUUCUCCACCUUCAAUCACUACCUCACCGCCACUCACUUAGCUUCACAGAUCAACCGACGCCAAACCAUAACCGUUCUUGCCCUCGACAACACCGCCAUGUCGUCUCUCCUGUCCAGACAUUUCUCCCUCUACACCCUCAAGAACGUCCUCUCCCUCCACGUACUCGUCGACUACUUCGGUUCCAAGAAGCUCCACCGCAUUUCCAAAGGAACAACGUUGACCUCCACCAUGUUCCAGGCCACCGGCGCCGCUGAGGGCACUUCAGGGUACGUCAACAUUACUAAUCUUAAAGGCGGGAAAGUUGGAUUCGGCGCUGAAGACAACGACGGGAAACUCAAUGCUACUUACGUUAAAUCCGUUAAAGAGAUUCCUUAUAAUAUCUCCAUCAUACAAAUCAGUCACCCUUUGGAUUCAGCUGAAGCUGAAGCACCGACGGCCGCGCCGACCGAUCUUAAUAUAACCGAAAUAAUGAUGAAGCAAGGCUGUAAAGCGUUUGCGGAUUUGCUUAAAGCUACGGAUGCCGACGAAACAUUCAACCAAAAUCUCGACGCGGGUUUAACGGUGUUCUGCCCGACCGACCAGGUCGUCAAAGAUUUCAUGCCCAAAUACAAGAAUCUGACGGCAGCGAAGAAAAAGUCUCUGCUGUUGUACCAUGGCCUUCCGGUGUACAUGAACAUGCAAAUGCUGAAAACCAACACCGGGAUCAUGAACACGCUGGCGACAGACGGAGCGAACAAGUUUGAUUUCACAGUGGACAAAAACGACGAGGUGGUGAUGUUGGACACCACUGUUGUGACCGCCAAGAUCACGGGGAUUGUGAAAGAUGAAGAACCAUUGAUAGUGUACAAAAUCAGUAAGGUAUUGUUGCCUAAGGAGAUGUUUAAACCGGUGGAAUCAGCAAAUGCACCGGAUGCAGACGCACCUGUAGACAGCGAGCCGGCAGAUGACCAGACUCUAGAUGAUAACAAUGGGGUUCAAAGAUUGGGGAGCAAGAGAUUGGUUAUGGUGGUGUUGAGCUUGUGCAUUAGGAUGGUGUUCAUGUAAAUAUCAUGAUACCACAAAUAUUGGUGUUGAUGUGAAUAUGACGAUACCACAAAUAUUGAUUCAACACAAUGUUUUCUUCUUCUUUGUUUUGGUUGGAUAGAUAAUAUGCAUGUGAUGCACUUUGUUUGAGCUGUAAAUGAUUUUUUAUGUAAUUGAAAAAUAAAUGGCCCAUGCUGAGCUGUAAAUGC